UAUGAAUUUUUAAUAAAAAUUUUGACUGUCUGUACUGUGUUCGCAUAAACCGGUUAAAACGCGUACACUUCUUUUCACCAUAAACCCUAAACGACAAACCAUCCAGUAAAUACCUCAGCCCUUCGUCUCCCUUUUCCCUCUCGCUGUUCUCUUUCGCCAUGGAUGACGCCCUCCCAAGCUUCAGCGCCAAGCGACGUUGCCCUCUCUCUGCUUCUUCUACGUCUCCCUCUUCAUCCACCACGCUGAACCCUAGCAUGUUCUCGAACCGGGUCGAUCAGCUUCUGGUUUCGUUUUUGGCGAGGGCUGAGUCUCCAUCGUUCCCUCUCUCUCUCGAUUGCUCCUUCGAUCGAGUCCUCGCUUCCGCCGCCGUUUUAUCGGGUGGAAACGCUGAUGAUAAUGGGAUCAUCAAUUGCGCUCGCAACCUCGGCUCGCUUCUCAUCGAGUCCGCUGAUCGGUGUUAUCGGAAGCGCGCGACGGUUCACAAUUCCAUUACCUGGCCUCUUUCUCACGAUCUCACCACCAGAGUGUUUGCCAUGCUUGAUACCCGAACUCUCCUACGUGCUGCUGCAACCUGCUCAAUGUUCCUUAAGUGUGCCAUGGACCCUUUUAGCUACGCCGCCAUUGACUUGACAUCUCAUGCUCCAAAGGUUAACAAUGCAGUUGUGUCUACUAUGAUUCAACGAGCUGGUUCUUCGCUCAGAUCCCUUAAACUUGGUUUUCUCCGAAGCUCUUCUGGACCUCCUCUGUCUCAUAAGCACCGUGUUUGUUUACCUAAGAACCUCGCGCCGGAUUUACCUAUUCUCACAAGGACCUGUCUGAACCCACUAUGGACAGAAAACGGCGCUGUUGGGAAACUAUUGAGGAGACUACACAUUUACAAUAUCGAUUUGAUGGAUGCCACAUCCUUAUGCUGUGCGUUAUCGGCUUGUCAAAACCUCACCGAUCUGAAGAUUGCUGGCUUCUAUGGUGAACUGGAUCAGGUAUUAGAGGCAGUGACGAGAUGUUGUCCCUUGAUAGUUCGUCUCUUCUUUGAUGUUUGGAGACUAGGUUGCAGUUUUGAGGCGUCACUCUGUAAAGAUUUCGUGGCCAAUUGUAAUGACCUGUCUUCAUUAGCACUCAGAGGUUUUGAUCUAGAAGACACUGAAGCACGGAUUUUUCUUGAGGGUUUUCACAAACUCAAAUGUCUUGAUCUCUCUGAAUCAUCGGUCACUGGCAGCUUUUUGAGGGAGUUGGGUGACAGACGAAGAGACUGUGUACUGGAGACUCUAAUACUGCGGGACUGCCUAGAGCUAAUGGAGGAGGAAGUUGUCGAGUUUCUAACGUCAGUACUCGAAGGGGACUUCAAGUUCAUCCGGCAUAUUAAUGUGUCAAACUGUGACGGGUUAGAUACAGAAGAUGGAUGGAGAUCUUGCCCGCCAGACCUUCCUUUGGAGAAGCUGAAGGAGGAGAGGCCCGAAAUCAGAAUAGUGGCAGACUUUCCCCCGAGCAUCAAUGGUGGGCUUGAUGAUAUGGAUACAACAACUUCGGGAAGCAGCAGCUCCUCAAGCAGUGGCAGUGGCAGUGGCAUGGAGACAGAGUAUGAAGAGGAUAGCAGCAGUGAUUCCAACAACUCUGGACGGUGAUGAUGAUGAAAAAUUAGAAAAAAAUACCUAACAGCUCUGCUCAUAUUCUAUUUUGUAGAGAUAUUAUUUGUCUACC